UAACUUCACCACUUUCACAAAUAUCUCUUUCUUCUCUAGUUUUUAUUCAGUGGUUUGACGGCGAACGAACGACACUCAAAGAUGGUUUCCCGGAGGAUUCUGGUGGUUCUUCUGUUGUUUCACUUGUUAUUCAGUUCAUCGGAAUCACUUGAUUUUGGUAAAAAGGGAAAAAUCAAAGGCCCAAUUAAAACUCUGGUUGUUAUAGUAAUGGAGAAUCGUUCAUUCGAUCAUAUACUUGGUUGGUUGAAAUCAUCAAGACCAGAUAUUGAUGGAUUAACAGGAAAAGAAUCAAACCGGGUGGACGCCAAGGAUCCAAACUCUGAACAGGUAUUCGUCUCUGAUGAUGCUGUUUUCAUUGAUUCCGAUCCAGGUCAUUCUUUUCAAGCGAUUCGUGAGCAGAUUUUCGGGUCGGAAGAUACUUCAGCGAAUCCGGCACCUAUGAAUGGUUUUGUUCAACAAGCGUAUAAUAUGAGUACCAAUACUAUGCCUGGUACAGUUAUGAGUGGAUUCAAGCCCGAAUUGCUUCCGGUUUAUACCGCUUUAGCGGACGAGUUUGCGGUGUUCGAUCGCUGGUUUGCUUCCGUUCCCGCUUCGACUCAGCCGAACCGGUUCUAUGUUCAUUCAGCUACUUCUCAUGGUGCUAUGAGUAAUGUUAGGAAAGAUUUGAUAAAUGGAUUUCCUCAGAAAACCAUCUUUGAUUCGUUAGAUGAGAAUGACCUUAGUUUUGGAAUUUAUUACCAAAAUAUCCCUGCUACACUGUUUUUCUCAAGCUUGAGGAAGCUUAAACAUGUCACUAAGUUUCAUCAGUACAGUUUGGCUUUCAAAUUACAUGCUAAAUUAGGUGUUUUGCCCAAUUAUGUGGUGGUUGAGCAAAGAUAUUUUGAGAAUAAGUUUUUUCCAGCUAAUGAUGAUCAUCCAUCACAUGAUGUUGCAUUGGGGCAGAAAUUUGUGAAAGAAGUGUAUGAGACAUUGAGGAGUAGUCCUCAAUGGAAAGAAAUGGCUAUUUUGAUUACUUACGAUGAACAUGGCGGGUUUUAUGAUCAUGUGCCUACUCCUGUUGAGAAUGUUCCUAGUCCUGAUGGGAUAACUGGUCCAGACCCGUAUUACUUCCAUUUUGAUCGGUUGGGUGUUCGCGUGCCUUCUUUCUUGAUUUCACCUUGGAUUGAUAAGCGCACUGUAAUCCAUGAGCCAGAAGGACCAACACCUCAUUCUCAAUUUGAACACUCUUCAAUUCCUGCCACGGUGAAGAAGCUUUUCAAUCUGAAAUCAAACUUUCUGACUAAGAGGGAUGCGUGGGCUGGUUCCUUUGAGAAGUAUUUCUACCUUCGUGACAAUCCUCGUGAUGAUUGUCCAGUUACACUCCCAGAGGUAACGAGAUCAUUGAGGCCAUUUGGGCCAAGGGAAGACGUUGGCUUGUCAGAGUUUCAAGUGGAGAUGAUCCAGCUUGCAUCACAACUCAAUGGUGACCAUGUCCUUAAUACUUACCCAGACAUUGGUAAAAGCAUGACUGUGGGUGAAGCCAAUAAGUAUGCCGAAGAUGCUGUAGCAAGGUUCUUAGAAGCUGGAAAAGUUGCUCUAAGUGCUGGAGCUAAUGAGUCUGCAAUUGUUACAAUGAGGCCUUCUCUUACAAGCCGUAGAGCUGGAGGAGAAGCUUGUUAUGAGUUGUGAACAACCAAAUCUCUUCAGUGCCAGCGGUUGUCUUCUUACACUGUCAUAUAGAUAGAUAUGUAUUUAAGUAAGAAUUCGGCAGGUUCCACCGAAAUUAGGUUACUGUGAAAAUAUAUGUUUGGCCUCGUUACCAACUGUUAGACAGGGAACCUGGGAUGAACAAGCAAAUGUUAUGUAAAAUAUAUAUGAACUAAACGUAGCUUCAGCCUAUAUUACGGAGACUCUAAGUUGUAAUAUUGAUUAAGAUCAAGUGCAGCUUUUGCUGCCACUUGUUUAUUGCAGGACAUGUUAUUUUGGACUUA